AUGGAGCAGCAGCCUGACUGUGACUUCAAGGUCGGCGGCUAUGAGGAUGCAGCGCAUCUGAAGUCUUGCUCUUUAGGUGUGCAGAAAUGUGCCAGAUGUAAGUGGGCGACCUACAAGGUCAAGUGGCAGAAAGACUUGCCAUGGCUGGACGCCAAGAUGAAUUUGGAUAGUGGCUUGUGGGGAAUAGGCUGUCGACUGUGCCAUGACGCUCAGCAAGUGGCACCUGAAGUCAUGUCCAAGUUUCCUGUCUCGAGACAUCACUUUGCUAGAUAUGAAGUGAGCACUGGUGAGAUUCGCGUGACCCGUUUUCGAAAGCAUGCUGAGUCACCAGCCCACCGCACUGCUGAAAGCAUGGCCGGUGGCAAAGAACCUGCAUUGGAUGAUGUAGGUGGUUUCACACCCAGCACUGCUGAGUGGAAGUCUGUCAUCAAUCACACCAAGCCGAGUAACCUGCAAGCCGAUGUGAGCGAUGUUGCCAACAGGAAGAAAGCCCAUAUGAUGCGCUGGUGUUUGGCCGAAGCGCAUCGAGAACAUCAGCGCGAGGCUGUCAAGAAUGCUCUCUGUCUGUCUCUUUCCCAAGACCAACGUGGACGCAGGUUCCUUGUUCGUUUCCGAGCAGUGGACGCAAACUUACAAGUGUGCGAUGGGACCCUUCAAUUGGUCAAAGUGGUUACAUCGCCUGAUGUUCCUGGCGCCCAGGGAAUUAGGCAAAUGACAUUGAAGGCUUUGAAGAAUUUUUGCACUCCCAGUUCGCCGCCCACGUACGGUGGCCUGCUGGAUGGAGCUAAGAUUCAGAAGGAGUGCAACUACGACUUGCUCAAAUCCACGAUGGCCAAAGUUGAAUGCAUGGCUGCUGAUGCUGCAGGUGAUGAGCAGCUUGCCAUGCGUGACCUGGCUGGCAUCAGUGGCCCCGAGAUUGUGGAGCUCCAGAACGUCAUGGGGCAGGCCUUCGAGAACCUCAAGAUCCUGGGAAAAGAUCGUGCGCAUGCAGCGCAAAGAAUGCUGAGUCGUCCAUGGGCUGCAGACCCGCAACUAAAAGAGAUCAUUGAGGAGUUUGUCGAGAAGCCCCAUUCUGUGGCCCGAUUGAUCACCAAUAGCGAGGUUGUCAAAGACUUGUACUCCAAUUUUCGUGCCAAAAGUGAAGAGAAAGUGCCCAUUGGAAAGAGCAUCCGCGAUUUGGCUUUUGCGCCUCAAAGGUACAGCUCGGAAUCCAAAGUGUUGGCUCGACUUGUGCUGACUUGGGACGCAGUCCUUGGUGUGAUGACCGCAUUGCCUGACAUGAGAGGACGAACAUCCACUGAAGGUGCCGCUUGCCUCGCUACUUUGCAAUGGUUGAAUCCUGAGAAAGCAUUGCUUUUGAGCAUGCUUGGUGACGCUGCCCUUGAGCUGCACAGGGUCGUGAGAGCCUUUGAUACAGAUGUGUGCGAUGAGUCAGAACUUCCUUAUGAGCUGGAUCGGUAUCGUGCUGUCAUCAGGAAGCUCUUUGUGGAAGGAAAUUGCUUGCAUGUUGGUCUGACCAAGAUCAUGUUGAAGCACUUGUCUGAGCCACGGCUUCUGAUGUGUCAAGGAGUGCGUGUCAAAUUGGGAGGGGGCGAUGAAGUCACCGAACAGCUGAAACGUCAAUGUUUGAAACGCAUGUCAGCCUAUGUGGUGGUGGCUGAAUCUGUUCUUGAAGGUGAGUUUCCACACUUUCAAUUGGUGUCUUCCCUACGAGUCUUUUCCCUGUCCGAUGAAGGCCGGUUGCAGACUCAACUGCGAAGCGGCGAAAGAGCCAAUUGUCUUGAAAAACUGGCGCGCGCUAUUGGCGUCGAUGUGGAAUCCUUGAAGUACGAAUUCGAACAUUUUCUGCCCAUUGCCAGCAAAUUUGCUCGUGUAGAAGCUCCUCUGGCGUUGAGCGUGGAUUUGCUACUGCCCAAAGCACCAAUCUUCAAACAAAUGGGCCAAUCUCAGGAUGAUAACACAAACUUGGAGGAAGUGAUGCUGGUGUUGCAACAAGAUGUACUUGGCCCAGAUUUUGGAGAAGCAGCGGAAAAGAAUCUCAUUGCAGGGUGUGCCAUGGUCAACGAUGAGUUGGCCUCAAGCAGCAGUUCCAGCAAAGCAGCUAGCUUGCCUCAGACAUUGACGUCUGCUGAAGAAAUCGGAGAAGUGUUCGGAGACAAACAUCUCAAAGAAAUUGCUUUCAAUGCCCAGAAGCAAAGCAAAGCACAAAUUGAAGAGGCUAUGCUGGGAGUCAUGAAUCCACACGAAAUCACUGAUGAGGUCAGAGCUUUGGUAGCCACCACUGCCGCGAAGCUUGCCAAGACACAGAGAGAGAGGAACAAUGAUCAGAAAUUGGUCCAGGGCAGAGUGAGCAACAAGGAUGUUGCAUGGCGCGACACAGAUCCGAUCUAUGUCAGUCUCUUGGGCAGUCUCCUGGCCAGCGAAAAGUUUGUCGAGACCAAAGGCAAAGUUGGAGUGGCGCUGGCUUUCAAGCCUGCAAUCAAGGUGAAGAGACUGCUGUUCAUGACACCUGCAUUUGUGCGGGAUAACACAGAUCUUUGCCGCGAGUUAGCUGAAGUCCUUCAACUCCAAGAUUGCAAUUUCCAGCUCUUGAACCGCGCAGGCUUGGAUGAAGCCAUCGCAAAGUUGAAUCCGGCAAGAGCUCGUCAGCUGAUAGUUCUUCGAAGCGAUGCUGGUGAUGAAGCUUUUGACCAAGUGAGACUGCAGUUCACUGGCUUGACAGAGGCUGUCGAGCAUUGGGUCUUCUGCACUGAAGAUAAGUCUCGAAGUAGAUCUGGCAUUGCUGAGUCUUACUAG